AUGAAGCAGCAACAUCUGACUAUGCGUUGUUUGUACCUAUGUUGUGUACGGAGGGAGAGAACGAAGCAAAGUACUUCAAAAGAGUCAGAAAUUUUUCUCAAUGUUUCGUACCAAGUACUUCUCAAAGCUACCAAUGGAUUCUCUUCUGAAAUCUUGAUUAGUGCGGGUGGUUUUGGGUCUGUGUAUAGAGGAAUCCUCCAAGAUGGGAGGACAGUUGCUAUCAAAGUUCUCAACCUUGUUCAUCACGGAGCUUCCAAAAGUUUUGCAGCAGAGUGUGAGGCCUUGAAAAACAUUAGACACCGUGAUCUUUUGAAGAUACUGUCUGCAUGUUCAGGUUUUGACUAUCAAGGUGAUGAAUACAAGGCCUUAGGCUAUGAGUUCAUGGCUAACGGGAGCUUAGAUGAAUGGUUGCAUCCACUGCAGAAAAUUGGUGUGACGAUUGAGAGACCAACGAGUUUAAUGUUUUCUCAACGGUUGAACAUUGCUAUUGACGUUUCUAUGGCGUUGGAUUAUCUCUAUAAUCAUUGUGAAUCACCAAUAGUUCACUGUGACCUCAAGCCGAGCAAUGUUCUUCUCCACGGUGAUAUGGUUGGGCAUGUUGGUGAUUUUGGUUUAGUAAGAUCCCUUCCCAGAACUUCAGGGAAUCAAUCCAGCUCUGUCGGAGUUAAAGGAACAAUUGGCUAUGCUCCUCCAGAGUACGGUAUGGGCAAUGAAGUUUGGACACAAGGAGAUGUGUACAGUUUUGGCAUCCUGCUGAUAGAAAUGUUCACAGGGAAAAGACCGACAGAUGACAUGUUCCAGAGAACUUUGAACCUUCAUUACUUUGUCAGGAAAGCUCUGCCUAAGCAAGUGAGAGAGAUUGUUGAUCCUGUUCUAGUUCCACAGGACAUUGAAGCAGAGACUAGUGCUUGGGUCACAAUUGAAGACAGCUUGAUUUCAAUUUUAGAAGUUGGUGUUGCUUGUUCUGCAGAAUUGCCUGGAGAACGGUUGACCAUAAAUGAUGCUAUGGCUGGGAUGUAUCAGAUACGAAACAAGCUUCAUGUAAACAAGAUAAGAAUAGCUUCAUAUUGUGCAGCUAAGCUAAGCCAAAGGCAGAUUGCAAUGGCUGCAGAUUUUCAUGAUGACUUUCAUUUGGAACUACUGUUGACAAAGGCAUGUGUUACAAAUUUACAAGACAUCAAUGUUUUCCUCGGAUUCAGAAGAUUGACAAAGGAUCUUGGGGGAACUAUUUUCACUGUUCGUUCUAAUUUUGUGUUUUUUGCCCGGAAAAUAGAAAAUGCAAAGGAAGAGGAAUGA